ACCGCUAAUUGAAAACGACGCGAACAACGCAACGCGACGUAGUUCAAAAAUUAUUAGAUAAAAAAUUAACAAAAAAAUAAGUCGGUAAGCGUGAAGCGUUAUUUCGGAAGAUUUCUUAAAUAAUUUAAAACGAUUUAAAGAGAAGACUCGAUAGCAAAAUGGUGGUCAAUUUCAAGGUGUUUAAAAAAUGUUCACCGAACAAUAUGAUCACGCUGUACAUGAAUCGGCGUGAAUUUGUGGAUUCGGUGACACAAGUGGAGCCCAUUGAUGGCAUCAUUGUACUGGACGAUGAUUACGUGCGCCAAAAUCGAAAGAUUUUUGUGCAACUUGUUUGCAACUUUCGAUAUGGUCGCGAGGAUGAUGAAAUGAUUGGAUUGCGUUUCCAGAAGGAGCUGACUCUAGUUUCGCAACAGGUCUGCCCGCCGCAAAAGCAGGACAUACAACUGACAAAGAUGCAGGAGCGUUUGCUCAAGAAACUUGGCUCGAAUGCCUUCCCCUUCGUCAUGCAAAUGCCGACAAGCUCGCCGGCAUCCAUCGUGUUGCAGCAGAAGGCCAGCGAUGAGAGUCAGCCCUGUGGUGUGCAGUACUUUGUGAAGAUCUUCACGGGUGACAGCGACUGCGACCGUUCACAUCGUCGCAGCACCAUCAAUUUGGGCAUACGCAAGGUACAGUAUGCACCCACUAAGCAAGGCUUGCAGCCGUGCACUGUGGUGCGCAAGGACUUCCUGCUGUCACCUGGUGAACUGGAAUUGGAGGUGACACUCGACAAGCAGCUGUAUCAUCAUGGCGAUAAGAUAUCCGUUAACAUUUGUGUGCGUAACAACUCCAACAAGGUGGUUAAGAAGAUCAAGGCCAUGGUGCAACAGGGCGUCGAUGUGGUGCUCUUCCAAAAUGGACAAUUUCGCAAUACGAUUGCCUUUAUGGAAACCAGCGAGGGUUGUCCAUUGAAUCCGGGUUCGAGCUUGCAGAAGGUCAUGUAUUUGGUGCCCACUCUAGUGGCCAACUGUGAUAGGGCCGGAAUUGCCGUCGAAGGUGACAUUAAGCGCAAGGAUACUGCUCUGGCCUCCACCACACUGAUUGCCAGUCAGGAUGCUCGCGAUGCCUUUGGCAUUAUUGUUUCCUAUGCAGUAAAGGUGAAACUAUUUCUGGGUGCUUUGGGUGGCGAGCUGUGUGCUGAGUUGCCCUUUAUACUCAUGCAUCCAAAGCCCAGCCGCAAGUCUCAAUUGGAAACUGAGGGAUCCGUUGAAGCCUAAACAGUUCGUUACCUCAAUACAGAGUGCAUAAUAUAUUUAUACAACAAGUUUUAAUCAAAGUGUUAUGAAACAAAAAUCCAAAGCUGAUGUUGCUGAAUUGUUCUGAACUGCAGUCGUCGUAUUUUUCUUAUAAAAAUUCUAUUUUCAAUCUAUACCAAUAUAUGUGUGUAUGUGUAUUAUAAACGCUAAACAAUUAUGUUAUAGUUAAAAAAAAUUAUUAAAAAAAGACAUGGGAAUUAACAACGGUA